GUUGCUAUGGAGUGGACGGGGAGAGUGAUUCCAUCAUGAGUUCCGCCUCGGAGAACUCCACGGAACCGUGGUUCUGUGAUGCCUGCAAGAACGGAGUCAUGCCCAGCUGUGAGCUCUGCCCCAAUCAGGACGGGAUCUUCAAAGAGACUGACGCUGGGAGGUGGGCCAUGAUUCUACACACUGAUUUUAUGAUUUUUCACAUUAUUUAAUUUGUUCAUUUGGGAGAAUUACAUUGGAUCAAUCACACACACUCUAGGAAUUGUUAUCAACACACUAGGAAUUGCCUUCAACUACUUUAACAAAAGUAGUUGGCCAUUAAUGUCAAUUUACUGUAGGCAACCUAAAGCCUCUGUCCAUUUAAAUCGUGCAUACAUUCAGCUUUGGAGAAAGUGUAGCAGGUGGAGAUAGGGAACGAGAAGAGAGGGAAGACCGGGAGAGAGAAAGAGAGGGGAAGAAAAAGAUAGGAGAGAAGGGUAGGGAAUGAGAGAGGGGAAAGAAGGCAAGUGAGGGAAGGAGAGAAAGAUUGGGAAAGAAGGCAAGUGAGGGAAGGAGAGAAAGAUGGGGAAAGAAGGCAAGUGAGGGAAGGAGAGAAAGAUGGGGGAAGAAAAAGAGAGGAGAGGACAGUGAGGGAUAGAAAGAGAGAAAGUGUGUCAUGUGAAGCGUGGAGACUCCAGCCACGCUAUCGCUGAUAGUGCUCCUCAGCCAGCCUGCACCCGAAUUUACUACUUCACUAGAGCAUGAAAAACACAGCAAAUUAAACUGUGGAGCGCUCGCUUGCUUGCUGGAGAUGGAUAUCUUUAUAUUGGACUUCGGAUUCUCUUCCCCAAAGUCCGCAUUUGAAAUUGUGUCACACCAAACGGAUGCUCAGUCAGAGAGUGUGGCUUGGGCUGCUGAAGUCAACUACUGAAGAUUUAAAAGCUUUUUAAGCGUUUAAGUGAUUAAUUUCUGUUAAUUAUCUGAGUGAAGUUUUCAAAUUUUGCAAUGUUUACUUUUUCCGCUUUUGCAGUACCUAAUUUGAUAGAGCUUUGUCAGCACACAUUUACUUGUAUAACUUAAAGAUGCGUUAUAAUGGUUUUGUAUAAUUUCAGCCAGUAGUUUUGAAAGUAGUGCUCACAAGCCAAAACAGGUCCACGAAAAUGUUGCACAAUUGUGUACAACGUCAUCCAUUUCAUAUUAUAUGUUACAUCCUGCUAAAAAUUAAAAUUGCAAUUCGUAUAUAUUACGAAUUCCAAUUCGUACAAUAUGUUACAAAUGUGAAAGUGCUUAAUAUUCUGUUGAAUCUCUUUAAUUGUGACAAUUAGAAAGCUUGGGUUUAAUUCACAUGUCAACUACUCAAUCUCUAUCUAGUAUACAGGCCUCCUGUAGCUCAGUUGGUAGAGCAUGGCGCUUGCAACGCCAGGGUUGUGGGUUCGAUUCCCACGGGGGGGCAGUAUGCAAAAUGCAUGCACUCACUAACUGUAAGUUGCUCUGGAUAAGAGCAUCUGCUAAAUCUAUACUCUGCUUUUAUUGGUUAAGUAGGCACAUGCUUCAUAGCCCCUUUGCUAAUGUAUCUUUGUUUCUUUUCAUGUGUAUUCUCUAGAUGGGUCCAUGUGGUUUGUGCGCUCUACGUCCCUGGAGUAGCAUUUGGGGACAUUGAUAAACUACGACCAGUGACUCUCACAGAGAUGAAUUACUCCAAGUAUGGGGCCAAGGCAAGUACAAAUGAAAUGUUUUUAUAUGUUUCAAAGAAUAAAGAUGAUGAUGUAAAUCGUGUGAAACAAAAUCAAUCCAUAUUACUUCAAACAUGCUUUAUCACAGUAGAAGACUGAGGAAUGUCUUUUAGAUUUUUGGACUCCCUGUUUUUGUGAACACAGUCAAUAGAUUUCCAUUUUCUGUUGAUGAAUUAGUCUGGUUUAUGAGAAGCAGCACAUUAAGACAGUCAUAAAGUGACUCUUGUGUGGUUGGUUACUGUCUAAAACUUUACAUCCAACUAAACACAGUGAUCCAUCAGUGGAGUCACUCUGACAUUCAUUCUAGCUGAAACCCUUUUGAAGGUCACUAAGCCAAUAGAAUACACUUUUAUUGAGGAGAAUGACUUUUAGAAGCACUUGAAAAGGCUUCCUGCUGUGAUUUAGGGCCUUUUCAAACUAAAAGAAAUUGCUGCUGGAAGACGGGUAUUAUAUUUGAGAGGAGAAUAAUUAAAGCAUUUGCAAGUUUCUCCAUGUGGUCACCUUGUUCGUUUGGCAGAACUGAGCGUUUCUGAACCUUUAUGUACUCCUUUGUCCCUGAGUGCGGUUUCUGAGCUCUCCAUUUUUCUUUACCUUAGGUCAGAAACCCCACUUAUGAACAAUGUUUUUGCUUCCUCUUUGUCCAGGAGUGCAGUUUCUGCGAGGACGCCCGGUUCGCCCGGACAGGCGUGUGUAUCAGCUGUGAUGCUGGCAUGUGCCGAUCCUAUUUCCAUGUGACCUGUGCUCAGAGGGACGGGCUUCUCUCCGAGGCAGCUGCGGAGGAGGUAAGAGAAGAAGACAGGACAUGAAUCAUGUGACCCUGUGUUUUUUGUUUUCUUUCUGUGAAAUUCCUCACAUAUGGUGUCAGAAGUGGGAUUUUAUUAAAUCUGUCUGUUUUUAAAGCCUUUUGAAGUUAUUGAGUGUCAGAUAGCUCUUUCACAGUCCCUGUAAUGCAUUUGAACAACAUAGCGGGGUGGGUGUGUUCUUAGUGCAGGAUAUCCAUCAGAUCCCAGUUUCCUGACCUCCCAACAAUAGCCUUAAUUAAAAUGAUCAAUUGACUUCAUUACCUGGGAUCAGUUUGUCAAUAAGACAGUAACAUAUUAAUUUACUGUAAGAUCCUCUGGUCCCAAACAAGUAGUCCUUUAAAACAGUCUCUAAAACCGGCCCUGGCUCCUACACCAACCUCCUGCUUAUAUCGAGAAUAUACUAACAACUCUAAGGCUGUAUAAUAUUGACACUUUAAGGCUUUGGUAAUAGUUAGUAUUCAGGAUCCGUCUGCAAUGCAGCUCAUAUAUGCGCCUCGCGUCACUUAUUUCUGCGGCAUAAAGGUGGCCGGCGCACCGAUAAACCCAGCCCAGAAAGUGCCUACUCACCGCUAUCCACUUAAUCCAGUGAGCUGUGGCAAAGGGCCCCUAUCAACAGGUGAAGCCUCUGAUAAAAUCCGCCGAAACACGUUAAGCCUAAACGAUUCUAGGGGAGCCAGGGGCCUGCCUGGGAAAUGGCUGUUGGGUUUUGUAGUGGGUUUUUCUCCAUAUGACUGAGGAGGAAGACGGAAAGAGGGAGAUACAUGUCUUAGGACCUUGUAGGUGAGAUGUAUGGUUGUUGUGGAUAUGGAAUAUAAUUAAGAAAUCGAGGCUUUCAUUGUAAUUCACCGUUUUCUAUUUAUUAUAUUAAAAAAAUGUAUUAUUGUGUGUUAAAAAAUUUUUUAGGGGGUAGAUCAGCUUUAAUAUUGCAGAUAGAUUGUAACUUCCAUCAAUGUAAUUGUCUGCAUCACUUCCAAUCCCCCAUAUAUAUUUUUUCACUAAUAUAUAUACACUACCAGUCAAGAGUUUAGACACACCUACUCAUUCAAGGGUUUUUCUUAUUUUUACUAUUUUUUACAUUGUAGAAUAAUAGUUAAGACAUCAAAACUAUGAAAUAACACAUAUGGAACCAUGUUGUAAACAAAAAAGUGUUAAACAAAUCAAAAUAUAUUUUAUAUUUGAGAUUCUUCAAAUAGCCACCAUUUGCCUUGAUGACAGCUUUGCACACUUUUGGCAUUCUCUCAACCAGCUUCACCUGGAAUGCUUUUCCAACAGUCUUGAAGGAGUUCCCACAUAUGCUGAGCACUUGUUGGCUGCUUUUCCUUCACUCUGCGGUGUGUGUCCCCCACCUUGCCAUAAAGAAAAAUCAUUGAAUGAGUAGGUGUUCUAAAACUUUUGACCGGUAGUGUACAUAUAUAUACACAUCCUUUAAAAAAAUAUAAUUUCCUUUAGUAUUUUCCAACCCCACCACCCCUCCCCUAAUUGGAGUAAAACUAGUGAACAACAACGCUUAGGCCUCUACUUCCAGCUUAUACAUACUAUAUACAUUUUAUGGACACAGUCAAUUUUACAAUAGUUCUAUUUUGUUUGUUUUUACUCCUGAACUUCCUCUACCCUCAACCUCUCCGAUCAUUUUCAUGAUGUCCAUCCGGUUUGCUUCUAUAUGCCAUAUCUUUCAAACUGUGCUCUUUCACAAAAGUUCUUAACCUAUAACCUAUAUACUUUUUACAUUUUAGUCAUUUAGCAGACGCUCUUAUCCAGAGCAACUUACAGUUAGUGAGUGCAUACAUUUUUCAUACUGGCCCCCGUGGGAAUCGAACGCACAACCCUGGCGUUGCAAGCGCCAUGCUCUACCAACUGAGCUACAGGAGGCCUAUUGUGGACACAGUAUGUUUUACAUUAGUUAUCUUGUUGUUAUUAGUCACAACCUUCAGCCCCAUUCAACCCCUCCCAUCUAUCGCUUAACACCAUCCAUAUUGGAUUUCUAUUUGCCAUAUAUUUUUGAACUGUACUGUGAUGUUUCACAAUAGUUCUGAACCCUUCUAUUCUCAUUGUUUCUACAGAUUGUAAAUUGAAAAUAAACAUUUUUGCUAAAAGUAUUAUUAUAUUAUUGAUCGAUUGACUAUGACUUUUCAGAUCACCCAGUAGUGCUAUCUGCAGGGUUAGCUCCAGGUAAAUAUUGCAGUCCUUCAGCCAUUCCUGGACCUGUGACCAAAAACAAGCUACAAAUGGACAGUACCAAAACAAAUGAUCUAAUGAUUCUGUCUCUUCGCAGCAGAAUCUGCGGAGCUGCGACGAUUGUAUCCCCCAUAUAAAUAACAUUAUAUUGGUAGCAAGAAUUUUGUAUAAUAAUUGAAAUUGAAAAAUUCUAAGUUUUGAAUCCAGCGUUGUUUUGCAUAUCAGUUCAUAAACUGUGGUCCUCUGUAGCUCAGCUGGUAGAGCACGGCGCUUGUAACGCCAGGGUAGUGGGUUCGAUCCCCGGGACCACCCAUACACAAAAGAAAAAUUAUGCACACAUGACUGUAAGUCGCUUUGGAUAAAAGCGUCUGCUAAAUGGCAUAUUAUUUAUAUUAUUAUAAACCAUUUGCCAUGGAAUCGGUACGUCAAAUCUCUUCCCAGCUAUUUUGCAAUCUAUAUGGGAAGGCUGUCAAUCCUUUGGUCCUUAAAUGAAACUGGUAUACUUUUUUAUUUAUCACAAUUUUCUAUAACCAAUUAUGGUCUUUAAUGCAGGGCCAUACUUUUUCCACUUUCCACUUUCCUCUUCUAUUUUUGCAGUAAUGCUGCAGUUAUUUGGUUGUCAUUUUGGGUAGAGCAGACAUUUUCAUAUGUUUUUGUUAGCUGCAUGUGCAACAUAACUCCACCAGUCCUACCUAUGAUAUACAGUGGGGAAAAAAAGUAUUUAGUCAGCCACCAAUUGGGCAAGUUCUCCCACUUAAAAAGAUGAGAGAGGCCUGUAAUUUUCAUCAUAGGUACAUGUCACCUAUGACAGACAAAAUGAGAAAAGAAAAUCCAGAAAAUCACAUUGUAGGAUUUUUUAUGAAUUUAUUUGCAAAUUAUGGUGGAAAAUAAGUAUUUGGUCAAUAACAAAAGUUUCUCAAUACUUUGUUAUAUACCCCUUGUUGGCAAUGACACAGGUCAAACGUUUUCUGUAAGUCUUCACAAGGUUUUCACACACUGUUGCUGGUAUUUUGGCCCAUUCCUCCAUGCAGAUCUCCUCUAGAGCAGUGAUGUUUUGGGGCUGUCGCUGGGCAACACGGACUUUCAACUCCCUCCAAAGAUUUUCUAUGGGGUUGAGAUCUGGAGACUGGCUAGGCCAAUCCAGGACCUUGAAAUGCUUCUUACGAAGCCACUCCUUCGUUGCCCGGGAGGUGUGUUUGGGAUCAUUGUCAUGCUAAAAGACCCAGCCACGUUUCAUCUUCAAUGCCCUUGCUGAUGGAAGGAGGUUUUCACUCAAAAUCUCACGAUACAUGGCCCCAUUCAUUCUUUCCUUUACACGGAUCAGUCGUCCUGGUCCCUUUGCAGAAAAACAGCCCCAAAGCAUGAAGUUUCCACCCCCAUGCUUCACAGUAGGUAUGGUGUUCUUUGGAUGCAACUCAGCAUUCUUUGCCCUCCAAACACGAUGAGUUGAGUUUUUACCAAAAAGUUAUAUUUUGGUUUCAUCUGACCAUAUGACAUUCUCCCAAUCCUCUUCUGGAUCAUCCAAAUGCACUCUAGCAAACUUCAGACGGGCCUGGACAUGUACUGGCUUAAGCAGGGGGACACGUCUGGCAAUGCAGGAUUUGAGUCCCUGGCGGAGUAGUGUGUUACUGAUGGUAGGCUUUGUUACUUUGGUCCCAGCUCUCUGCAGGUCAUUCACUAGGUCCCCCCGUGUGGUUCUGGGAUUUUUGCUCACCGUUCUUGUGAUCAUUUUGACCCCACGGGGUGAGAUCUUGCGUGGAGCCCCAGAUCGAGGGAGAUUAUCAGUGGUCUUGUAUGUCUUCCAUUUCCUAAUAAUUGCUCCCACAGUUGAUUUCUUCAAACCAAGCUGCUUACCUAUUGCAGAUUCAGUCUUCCCAGCCUGGUGCAGGUCUACAAUUUUGUUUCUGGUGUCCUUUGACAGCUCUUUGGUCUUGACCAUAGUGGAGUUUGGAGUGUGACUGUUUGAGGUUGUGGACAGGUGUCUUUUAUACUGAUAACAAGUUCAAACAGGUGCCAUUAAUACAGGUAACGAGUGGAGGACAGAGGAGCCUCUUAAAGAAGAAGUUACAGGUCUGUGAGAGCCAGAAAUCUUGCUUGUUUGUAGGUGACCAAAUACUUAUUUUCCACCACAAUUUGCAAAUAAAUUAAUUAAAAAUCCUACAAUGUGAUUUUCUGGAAAUGUUUUUCUCAAUUUGUCUGUCAUAGUUGACGUGUACCUAUGAUGAAAAUGACAGGCCUCUCUCAUCUUUUUAAGUGGGAGAACUUGCACAAUUGGUGGCUGACUAAAUACUUUUUUUCCCCACUGUAAUUUACGAAGAUUAUAUAUAUUUUUUUUAUUAAUAAAAAAACAUUGUUUUUUUUAUUAUCAAUUAGUAUAUUUGAGUUCAACCACAUUAUUUGGGAGAUGAUUUCCUUUUAAAAUAACUGAAAGUGAGAGGUUGUAAUCUGAAUAAAGGGAAAAAGGCCAUUCUUGAACAUGGGAUGAGACAAUCUUACUAAUUUGCUAGAGAACAAGUUCAGAUUUAAGUAUAAUUUAUGUAUGACUGAAGCUUUUAGGGAUAGGUCUAAUGCUUUAAUAUUUAAUAAUUUCUGUCUUCCGAAUUCAUAUUCAUUGUAUAAAUAGGCCCGUUUAAUUUUGUCUGGCUUGCCGUUCCAAAUAAAAUGGAAUAUUUUUUUCUCAUAUAAUUUAAAAAACGUUUCGCUAGGCGUAGGCAAGACCAUAAGCAAAUAGGUAAACUGGGAUAAUACUAAAGAGUUAAUCAGGGUGAUUUUUCCACAAAUAGACAGGUAUUUACCUUUCCAUGGUAGCAAGAUCUUAUCUAUUUUUGCUACCUUUCUAUUAAAAUGUAUUGGAGUGAGAUCAUUUUCACAGUUUUCUUACCUGGAAUUUGGAAGACCAUUUCUGAGAAAAAUCAACAUCGCCAUACUCAGUUCUAGGAAUAAGAUGCACUCUUCUUCACCAGUGAGCACAGUUCAUCACUCUAUGGUAGCACUAAAUUGAUGUUAUUUUGAUCUCGUAUAACAAUGAAUCCAUUACUAUUAAUUUGAAUGAUGUAAGUGACUUUAUUUUACACAGGAAAAUGUAUCUCUUGACUUAAGAGUGCUGAAAGGCAUGCAUACACAGUACAUAAGGAACAAUGUUCACCUGUGGUUGAUCGUGUUUUGAACACGUGUGUGUGUGUUUCCCCAGGACAUAGCCGAUCCCUUCUUUGCGUACUGUAAGCAGCAUGCGGACCGCUAUGACAGGAAGUGGAAGAGGAAGAACUACCUGGCGCUCCAGUCCUACUGCAAGGCGUCUCUACAGGACAAAGAGAAGCAGCUAGCCCCCGAGGCACAGGUGAGAGGUCAAGACUGGCUCAGACUCACACUGGCUCUCUGCUGUUAGGACUGCAGAAUGUUGACUUUAGUCAUAAAUAGAAAUGCUUGUCAGUGUUUGCGUCAUAGUUCAUUGUUCUAUGUACAAGAUUCAGUCUUCGACAGUAAGUUAUCCAUGAUUGACUUAUUUACAUUUUAAUCAUUAAACAGAUGGUCUUACCCAGAGCGACUUACAGUAGUGAGUGCAUACAUUUUGGUACUUUUUCAUACUGGUCCCUCGUGGGAUUUGAACCCACAACCCUGGCGUUGCAAGCGCCAUGCUCUACCAACAGAGCCACGCAGGAGUGAGUUGAAGAAGAAGGCAGCUGGAACAACCUGGGGAGGUUUUAAGUUGUAAUGUCUGUGUCCCAAAUGGCAUCCUAUUCCCUAUAUAAUGCACUACUUUUGACCAGGGGCCAUUUAGGGAAUACGGUGCCAUUUGGGACACAGCCAAACUGUAAUAAGAUAAUGAAGUGUGUGUUUCUUUGUGUUGUGUUGAACCCCUGGCAGGCCCGUAUCACCACCCGGCUGCAGCAGUACCGGGCCAGGGCAGAGCUGUCCCGUAACACCCGGCCCCAGGCCUGGGUCCCCCGGGAGAAGCUGCCGCGACCCCUGACCUCCAGCGCCUCCGCCAUCAGGAAGCUCAUGAGGAAGGCUGAGCUUAUGGGCAUCAGGUAGGAGUUAAUGUCUGUGGGAAAAGACCGUGUUGAGAUCGACCAAGAGUUGUAGAAUUCACUAGGGUUGUGCCAACAUGGCAGUACUCAUAUUCGUAAUCGUAUCCGUAAAUUGACAGUUGAUAGUCGGAUCGGAUGAUACUCGUGAUCGGAAAAAAAUUGUUUUAUUAUGCCUAAAUAGAUGUUGGCAAAAUACCUCCCUGCAAGUUCUCACUGCAAAAAAGCUGCAGAUUAGGAGCAGCUUGCGGAGGGGUGGGUGUGUCUGUGUGUCUGUGUACUCAACUUGCAGCGGGCAGCCAAGUUUCCUGUUACUCAGUCAGAAUGCGCAUCAGUGAUUCAUCUUUUUUCCCUACCCUUGCCCUGCUUGUUAGAUAUUAUGCACAUUGAUAGCAAUCGUCCUCGCCAUGUGAUUUAUCAUAGUAGCAGGCAGCAGCAAUCUAAAUGAUCAGACCGAAAACAUGCAAGGUAAAGUGAUCGGGUGAAAUUAUGAAGUGGACGGAGAAAUACGGCUUCACUCUAUCCAAUCAGAGCAGCAGGAUCAACGUACAGCCCUUCUCUUUACAGACAGGCAAACAAGCUAGUUUAGUGAUUUAGACUACGCACAUGACUGACUCAAAGACAGGACAGUAUGGUUUAGAAACGAUGUGUCUGACUGACAUGAGAAAGAUGCUUACAAAAAUUACUCGGAUCAUAAUCGCGUCCAUAAAAUCCGUUACGAUACUCAUUUUAUCAGACUAUUCGGCACACCCCUAGAAUUCACAUUCCAUAUUUUUUUUCAUACAAUUCUAUAUAAAGAUUCGUUUGAACUGGAAGCGCGAGAGCUGCACCUUUUUCCCCUCAUCAGGGAGGGGCUUAGAGCUUAGAGAGGUGGACCAGCAACCAGAGUGUUGAUGGUUCAAAUCCCGGGUCUGUCCUCUGUUUUUCUUCUUCAGCACGGACAUCUUCCCCGUAGACACGUCAGACAUCAGCGCCAGUGUGGACGGACGCAGGAAACACAAGCAGCCCGCCCUCACUGCCGACUUUGUCAACUAUUACCUGGGUGAGUAGGGAAACAAAAACCAUCUGACUGAUGGCUACAUAGACUUACAUUACCAACCUAAUAUACCAUUAUAGUUAAUGUUGUUACUACAUGUAAACUGUCUUUGAGAGUCUGUGCCAGAGUUCUAUAGGCUCUCAGCAUGCAGCCUUGGAUAAAGACAUUUCCUUUCCUAAAUGAAUGAAUGAUGAUGUGUGUGUUUGCGCGUGUGCGGGAAUGUGUGCGCUCGCACGUGUUUGUGUGAUGACCCAGCGUGCCAGUAACCUUGAACAACAUCCCCCACCCCCAGCUAUCUCCAAUCACAUCAGUACACCCUGUUUCUUAUGUGCCUUUUCCUGUAUAUAGAUGUAGAUAGAUUGUGAUCGGUCCUAUUGAUGUGUGUGUAUAGAUUGUGAUGGUGGUUUAUUGAUUGGUGUCCUUAUUGCUAUGCAGAGAGGAACAUGAGGAUGAUCCAAAUCCAGGACAAUAUCUCUGAACAGAAGAACCUGAAAGACAAUCUGGAGAGUGAGCAGGAGAAACUGCAUGUCGACUACAACAAGGUUAGUGGUGGUGGAAAUCACGCACAUUUACAUUUUUUUUUACAUUUAAGUCAAUUUAGCAGACGCUCUUAUCCAGAGCGACUUACAGGAGCAAUUAGGGUUAAGUGCCUUGCUCAAGGGCACAUUUACGUCAUUUAGCAGACGCUCUUAUCCAGAGCGACUACAAAUUGGUGCAUUCACCCUAUAGCCAGUGGGAUAACCACUUUACAAUUAUAUAUAUAUAUUUUUUCUAUUUUUUGGGGGGGGGGGGGGGGGGGGGGGGGGGGUUAGAAGGAUUACUUUAUCCUAUCCCAGGUGUUCCUUAAAGAGGUGGGGUUUCAAAUGUCUCCGGAAGGUGGUGAGUGACUCCGCUGUCCUGGCGUCGUGAGGGAGCUUGUUCCACCAUUGGGGUGCCAGAGCAGCGAACAGUUUUGACUGGGCUGAGCGGGAACUAUGCUUCCGCAGAGGAAGGGGAGCCAGCAGGCCAGAGGUGGAUGAACGCAAUGCCCUCGUUUGGGUGUAGGGACUGAUCAGAGCCUGAAGGUACGGAGGUGCCGUUCCCCUCACUGCUCCAUAGGCAAGCACCAUGGUCUUGUAACGGAUGCGAGCUUCAACUGGAAGCCAGUGGAGUGUGCUGAGGAGGGGGGUGACGUGAGAGAACUUGGGAAGGUUGAACACCAGACGGGCUGCGGCAUUCUGGAUGAGUUGUAGGGGUUUAAUGGCACAGGCAGGGAGCCCAGCCAACAGCGAGUUGCAGUAAUCCAGACGGGAGAUGACAAGUGCCUGGAUUAGGACCUGUGCCGCUUCCUGUGUAAGGCAGGGUUGUACUCUCCGAAUGUUGUAGAGCAUGAACCUGCAGGAUCGGGUCACCGCCUUGAUGUUAGCGGAGAACGACAGGGUGUUGUCCAGGGUCACGCCAAGGCUCUUCGCACUCUGGGAGGAGGACACAACGGAGUUGUCAACCGUGAUGGCGAGAUCAUGGAACGGGCAGUCCUUCCCCGGGAGGAAGAGCAGCUCCGUCUUGCCAGGGUUCAGCUUGAGGUGGUGAUCCGUCAUCCAUACUGAUAUGUCUGCCAGACAUGCAGAGAUGCGAUUCGCCACCUGGUUAUCAGAAGGGGGAAAGGAGAAGAUUAGUUGUGUAUCGUCAGCGUAGCAAUGAUAGGAGAGGCCAUGUGAGGAUAUGACAGAGCCAAGUGACUUGGUGUAUAGGGAGAAAAGGAGAGGGCCUAGAACUGAGCCCUGGGGGACACCAGUGGUGAGAGCACGUGGUGCGGAGACAGCUUCUCGCCACGCCACUUGGUAGGAGCGACCGGUCAGGUAGGACGCAAUCCAGGUGUGAGCCGCGCCGGAGAUGCCCAGCUCGGAGAGGGUGGAGAGGAGGAUCUGAUGGUUCACUGUAUCAAAGGCAGCAGACAGGUCUAGAAGGACAAGAGCAGAGGAGAGAGAGUUAGCUUUAGCAGUGCGGAGAGCCUCCGUGACACAGAGAAGAGCAGUCUCAGUUGAAUGACCAGUCCUGAAACCUGACUGGUUUGGAUCAAGAAGGUCAUUCUGAGAGAGAUAACAAGAGAGUUGGCUAAAGACGGCACGCUCAAUAGUUUUGGAAAGAAAAGAAAGAAGGGAUACUGGUCUGUAGUUGUUGACAUCAGUGGGAUCGAGUGUUGGUUUUUUGAGAAGGGGUGCAACUCUCGCUCUCUUGAAGACGGAAGGGACAUGGCCAGCGGUCAAGGAUGAGUUGAUCAGCGAGGUGAGGUAGGGGAGAAGGUCACCGGAGAUGGUCUGGAGAAGAGAGGAGGGGAUGGGGUCAAGCGGGCAGGUUGUUGGGCGGCCUGCAGUCACUAGUCGCAAGAUUUUAUCUGGAGAGAGAGGGGAGAAAGAAGUCAAAGCAUAGGGUAGGGCAGUGUGAGCAGGACCAGCAGUGUCAUUAGACUUAACAAACGAGGAUCGGAUGUCGUCAACCUUCUUUUCAAAGUGGUUGACAAAGUCAUCCACAGAGAGGGAGGGGGGGGAUUCAGCAGUGAGGAGAAUGUGGCAAAGAGCUUCCUAGGGUUAGAGGCAGAUGCUUGGAAUUUAGAGUGGUAGAAAGUGGCCUUAGCAGCAGAAACAGAUGAAGAAAAUGUAGAGAGGAGGGAGUGAAAAGAUGCCAGGUCGGCAGGGAGUUUAGUUUUCUUCCAUUUCCGCUCAGCUGCCCGGAGCUCUGUUCUGUGAGCUCGCAAUGAGUCCGGGAGGAUAGGGGACACAGGGAGUCAAAGGAUGCAGAAAGGGAGGAGAGGAGGGUUGAGGAGGCAUAAUCAGGAGAUUGGAGGGAGAAGGGUUGAGCAGAGGGAAGAGAUGAUAGGAUGGAAGAGGAGAGAGUAGUGGGAGAGAGAGAGCGAAGGUUGCGGCGGCGCGUUACCAUCUGUGUAGGGGCAGAGUGAGUAGUGUUGGAGGAGAGCGAGAGAGAAAAGGAUACAAAGUAGUGGUCGGAGACAUGGAGGGGAGUUGCAGUGAGAUUAGUAGAAGAGCAACAUCUAGUAAAGAUGAAGUCAAGCGUAUUGCCUGCCUUGUGAGUGGGGGGGGAUGGUGAGAGGGUGAGGUCAAAAGAGGAGAGGAGUGGAAAGAAGGAGGCAGAGAGAAAUGAGUCAAAUGUAGACGUAGGGAGGUUGAAAUCCCCCAAAACUGUGAAGGGUGAGCCAUCCUCAGGAAAGGAACUUAUCAAGGCGUCAAGCUCAUUGAUGAACUCUCCAAGGGAACCUGGAGGGCGAUAGAUGACAAGGAUAUUAAGCUUAAAUGGGCUAGUGACUGUGACAGCGUGGAAUUCAAAUGAGGAGAUGAUAGACAGAUGGGUUAGGGGAAAAAUUGAGAAUGACCACUUGGGAGAGAUGAGGAUUCCUGUGCCACCACCCCUCUGACCAGAUGCUCUCGGGGUAUGCGAGAACACAUGGUCAGACGAGGAGAGAGCAGUAGGAGUAGCAGUGUUUUCAGUGGUAAUCCAUGUUUCCGUCAGCGCCAGGAAGUCGAGGGACUGGAGGGUAGCAUAGGCUGGGAUGAAGUCAGCCUUGUUGGCGGCAGAACGGCAGUUCCAGAGGCUGCCUGAGACCUGGAACUCCAGGUGUGUGGUGCGUGCAGGGACCACCAGGUUAGAGAGGCAGCAGCCACGCGGUGUGAGGCGUUUGUGUAGCCUGUGCGGAGAGGAGAGAACAGGGAUAGGCAAAGGCAUAGUUGACAGGCUGCAGCAGAUGGCUACAAUAAUGCAGAGGAGAUCGGAAUGAAAUGAACUAAACAUCUGGGAAAGGAGAGAGUAGGCCUCCCUCACCAAAAAAAAAAUAUAUAUAUAUAACUCUCCCAACUUCCACCUCAGAAACUAUAAUUGUUUCACUGAACCACCCGAGUAAAACUCUCCCAACUUCCACUUUAGAAAUUAGAAUUGUUGUAAACUACAGCAGACUGUUAUCAGUAGCUGUAAUUAAGUACAGCAGCUACCAACCACCUAACGUUAAUGCCUCGGAUGAGGUUAGAAAAACAGCUGAAUGGUAGCAGCUAGCUGGCUCAAUCACAGGUACUCUUAAGCAUGAAAUAACAUUGGAAACAAUUAACCACAGUUGCAAAAAGUUACCAGUAGCUACCCGCUAGUUAGCUAGCUAGCUUUGUUGGUCCAAGUAGUGGGUAAGCUAGCCUCGUGCUUCGCCGGGGUCUGCCGAAUACAAUACUUACCUACAAUAAUUACCUACAAUAACCUUCAAUAACUACCUGAGUAAGCUACCUAUAAUACCAAACUACAAUACCUACCUACAAUCUAAAUACAUGGUUUAAGCUUAACUCAACACCAUAUAAGAAGCCAAGCUUACCUUUCAUAACGCAGCAAUGAUUAAACGUUGGGUAGCUAGCACAAAGAUAUUGUAUUUAGCUACCACAGUACAGCCAGCUGGUAGUGUUGGCUGGCUAGCAAUGGCUGCUGUGUUGACUUUGUUUGAAAAACGGCGUCGCUGCGAACGAAUGUAGCUGGCUAAAAGGAUAUUGUUUUUAGUUGCUACCGUUGCUAAUAGCUACUCGCCAGCUAAUCCAGGAGGUGAGUUAGCUAGCUAGCUUCGUGCUACACCCGGCACCGCCGAAUACAAAAGUAACCUACAAUAACUACACAACAGCUACCCACAACAGCCCACGAUGCCUACCUAUACUACUUAAUAAUAUACAGCCCACGAUGCCUACCUAUAAUACCUAACUACAAUCUAAAUACAUAGUUUAAGCCUUACUCGACAAAGCCCAAGGUAUGUAUAAAGCCAAACACACACACACACACACACACACACACACACACACACACACACACACACACUGUUAGAAGAACAUGAAGAAGCUGCUUGUUGACUACAACAAAGUUAGUAGUGGUACAAAACAAUGCUUGCUUGACUGCUGUGUGGUAGUAGACACAGCCAGGAAGACGGUGAACAAAAUGUUAAUCCCCUCUUACGCUGUUAUCAACCACUCACUAGGGGUUUACCAGUGAUUCUCCAGUAGCAUUGCUUGCUCUGAAUCCUCACACUAAAGUUGUGCUAUCUCUUUGUACUGCAUGGCCUCUAGUCUUCAGAAACACACACAGUGCGUCAUUCAUAAACAGCAUCGCUUUGCAUUUACAUUUACAUUUUAGUCAUUUAGCAGCUUUGCACUACAACGUCACAUUAACCACUGUUUUACUACGUACCGUGAAAAAUACAAUUUUGAGAGCCUUGUUGUUCCUCCUCCAUCUAGCUCUCUCCAUCUCUCAUUGUUCUGUCUCUCUCUCUCUCUCUCUAUCUCUCUCUAUCCCUCGUUCUCCCUCAAUCUCUCUGAGUCCCUUGCCGUUUCUCUCUUUCGCUGUCUCUCCGUCUCUCUCUCCAUCUAUCUCCUUUCAUCUGUCCUCCCCAUGUGACCUGGGUGUGGUGACGCAGGGCAGCUUCGCUCCAUCAGGCCCGAAUGAAGAAGGGAAUAAAACAGCGGAGUAAAAGUCAGGAGUUAAUGUUGCGCUCAGUCUUUCUGCCACACGUAUUAAGCGUUAUUAAUGGAGUGUGUGUUGCUAAUUGCACCGCUCGACUUGCUUUUACACAGAGAUAGAGAGAUGGAAAGAGAAAAACAGAGAAGGAGAGAGAGAGCGAUGAAGAGAGAAGCGGCCCUGGCCUUGGAGAGAGUGGGAGAGAUGGAGAAAGACCGAGAGGGAAAGAGAGAGAAGGAUCGUUAAGAUUUGAAGUCUAGCUACUGAUACAGCUAUAAAGCCCCUGACAAGGUGUUUCCGUGUGUGUGUGGAGGAGGAGGAGGAGGUAGACUCAGUAAUCUCUGGGAGAUAAUAUGAAGUGUUAGUGAAUGUUUCCCUUUCACCUCCUCCUCUGGCAGAGCUGAUUAAGUAAAGUCCAGAGAGAGAUGGCGAAAGAGAGGGGGAGGAAGAGAGAGAAGGAGACAGAGAGAGAGUUAGAGAGAGAUGGCGUUCAGUACUUGAGAUUCACAUCCAGUGAAUAAUUCUCACCUCUUUUCCUCCCCUCUCAUCUCUCUUUGAGGAGCUUCACAUCUUAUCUAGUGUCUGGCUUCAAAUAUAGAAAUGACAGGUCUUUUUACUUGUGUGUGUGUGUGAUGUUUCUCUCUGUAUGAGUAUGUAAGGAGGAGAACAAGGGUAUGUGUGUGCGUGUGUGUACAUCUAUCCAUACAUUAAAGAGUGUCCUUGUCUCGUGAUCUCCCCUGGGUGAUGCUUUAUCUCUACCUCGCUCUCUCCCCCUCUGUCUCUCUCUCUCUCUCUCUCUCUCUCUCUCUCUCUCUCUCUCUCUCUCUCUACAUGACCUACCUCUGUCUCUCUCUCUCUCUCCCUACAUGACCUACCUCUGUCUCUCUCUCUCUCUCUCUCUCUACAUGACCUGUCUCUGUAUAUCUCUCUUUCUCUCUCUAUCUGUCUACCUAUACCUCCCUCCCUAGAUGACCUCUCUCUCUCUCCCUCUCUCUCUCUCUCUCUCUCUCUCUCUCUCUCUACAUGACCUACCUCUGUCUCUCUCUCUCUCUCCCUACAUGACCUACCUCUCUCUCUCUCUCUCUCUCUACAUGACCUGUCUCUGUAUAUCUCUCUUUCUCUCUCUAUCUGUCUACCUAUACCUCCCUCCCUAGAUGACCUCUCUCUCUCUCCCUCUCUCCCUCUCUCUCUCUCUCCCUACAUGACCUGUCUGUCUGUCUCUCUCUCUCUCUCUCUCUCUCUCUCUCUCUCUCUCUCUCUCUCUCUCUCUCUCUCUCUCUCUCUCUCCCUACAUGACCUGUCUGUCUGUCUGUCUGUCUGUCUGUCUGUCUCUCUUCUCUCUCUCUCUCUCUCUCUCUCUCUCUCUCUCUCUCUCUCUCUCUCUCUCUCCCUACAUGACCUGUCUCUCUAUCUCUCUACCUCUCUCCCCCUCCCUACAUGACCUGUCUGUCUGUCUCUCUCUCUGUAGCUGUGUGAGUCUCUGGAGGACCUGCAGAAUGUCAACGGUGUUCUGAGGAGUGAGGGCCAGGUCAUAUGGACCAUGCUGGGAGGAAUCCUAGGACAGGUAUGUUAAUAUCUCACCACGUUCUCCUCCUGUCUUAUCCUCCUUCCCUCUUCCUCACCCCCUUUUUAAAAAUCUUCCUUUCCUCCUCUCUGUCGACGUUCUCAUCCUCCUUUCCUCCUCAUCCAUUCUCCUCCUCCUAUCUUUCUUUCUUUUUUAUAUUUAGCCCUGAGUUGGCAACACUUCCACUAAACCAAGCUCCAGCAUCGGUCCUUCGUUUGUUAUUUCAUAACACCUACGCAGAACAGAAACAGAACAGAAAAGUUGGUUAGAAAGUCAGAGGAUAAAACCCAACCUGACAGGUCUCCCUGCUACAUGCCCAGGACCUGGUGAUGAUGAUGGAUUGAGAGGAAUCUAGAUUGGCCAUAGAAACCCGCCGUAGCAACCCACAAAGUUACCAUGGGGUAAUUCUGCAGCCUAUAAUAGGCUCCUGUAAAAUAAAUACAAAAACUUGAAGUUGCACUAACGGAUUGACCUGUCAUUUGCUAUAAAGGCAGACUAGACCUGCCUCUGCUUCACUCUAAAUGAAGUUAGAAGCUGUGCGCUUGCUUUCUACCACGUUCCCACAUGCCAUGGCAACCAAAUCGCCAAGGUGCGUCGCCACGGGUGAUGGGUCAUUUAACGAGUGCGAAAUGCGGCUCUGCAGAAAUUGCUCUGUGAGACCUUUUUAAAUUGCUCUGUGAGACCUUUUUACUUUUUCACUGUUUGGAAGUGCCAUUAAAAAAUAUUUUACUCAGAAAUUCUGUCCAAGGCAACAACCAGUGAAACAUAUUCACAGGUAGUGUGUGAAAUUAUUAACUGAAUCCAAGAUGAUCGAAAUUGAAACGGUGCAUGUUAGGUGAUAAUUUGAAUUUAAACGUACAGAUAUAAACUGUGACAGAAUUAGCUUGAGAGAUGAUGUUGAUAAUGUGUGUAAAGAUUGAUAAUGUGUGUAAAUCAUCUCUAAUUUAGAUAUCUUGGUAGAGCAGUGACACUGAAGAGAUUAUUAACCAGACAGGCUCUGUGCUGUGAGAGGGGAGGCAGCCAGGGUAACACACUGACGCAGUCUCAGACAGCCUCUCCCACAUGAAGCUAUGGAAACGACAAGGUGUGUGUGUUUGUGUGAGGUGUGUGCGAGGUGUUUGUGGAAGGUGUGUGUGUUUGUGCGAGGUGUGUGUGUGUGCGAGGUUUGUGUGUUGUGCUGUGUUGAGAAUGAGAACUCAGGUGGAGAGCUGGAGCUCUGACAGGAUGCUAUAGCAAGACAUGUACACACACACACAACACACAAAACCACUCUCACACACACACGCACACCUCGCAAGGUUAGGGGGUAGGCCUAGAUAAUACAACAUACAGUUGCCCGUGGACUGCAAAUGUAAUCAGCCCUUUAAAAAUCCAUCUACGUAAGCGACUAACUGAAUGCAAAAGUAUGGCUGGCGAUUGGGGCUGUCUUCAGAUAAAUGGAUGGCGCGAUAUAGCUAGAGGAUGGGAAGAAAGAAAGACUGGAAGGAAAGAACGACUGAACGAACGACAUGAAUCUGCAACGACCUCCAUAAAUCACAUAAUUAGAAAUGUAGAAAGGUUUAAGUAGCUACAUCAGUCACGUCCCCGCGUUGCUUUGUCAUCUAUCUGAUACCUUUUCAUUUCCUAUUUGUCCUCCUUCCACCCGUCCCGUCCCAUCCCUUACAUUACCAGAAAUUACUGAUGUCCCCAACCGCAGCCCCAUCCCUCAUCCCAGACACUGACUCUGUGUUGUCGUUGUGGGGGACGCCUCAGGGAGAGAUAGAGGUACUCUUUAAAAGUGAAGAGGGGACAUUUUGUGUUUAAGACAGUCACAGCUUUUUUACCCAUGAGAUACUUCAUUAACGUUACCUGGCAGUGUUCCGUUUAGCACUGAGGUAAAGCAUCUAAUUUGAAAUGCUGUGCACGUGUGUGUCACACACCGAGACUCUUCCUUGAAGGUGUGCCGAUCAGCUGACCCUUCCCAGGGUGCCGUGUGUGUGCUCUGUGUGUGUGCUCGCCGCUCGGUCCCCCAGUGCCUCAGAGGCUGUCUGGCUCCCACUAUGAACCAGACAGAUGGCCUGAGGCUGGGCUGGUCCUCACUGCCUGUCUCCAAUUCUUAUUUUAGCAGAUACCUUCACACAUACACACACACACACAUCUCUUUGAUAUUAGUUCUAACUGACAGGGGACUUCUCUCUAUCAGUAGUGGAGGGAUUCUUUACUCACUGAGCUAUUGCACCAGGGAACUGUGGUCCACAAUUAGUAGAUAACACACCCCAGACAAACACACACACAUCCUGGGGUCCUGUGGCCCUGGCCCCUCUCUCUUAGGUCCCCCCAUAGGACCGGUCCCUGGGAGCCGUGGGCGAUGGCGUACUGAGCGUACUCAGAUUAGAGCUGCCCCAGGGAGAAGCCUGUCUGUUUAGUGGCCCACCAGCUCCCCAGUUGCUCCCUGGCAGAUACGUUUUCUAAUUAACCUGCGACAGACAGUAGCCACCAUGCAGCCAACGAGAUGCUGGGGAGAAAUAGACCCACAUCCGCCUCUGUCUGUCUGUCUAUUUGUCUACAGACCAACAAUAGGUUCCCUCUCUCUCUCUCCCCGUCUCUCCGUCCCUCUCCCUCCACUCUGUGGACACCUCUGACCUGUCUGUCCUUCACUGCUUCUCUCUGAAGUCUCUACUACACCUAUGAGUUGAUUGUGUGACGUGUCUCUCUCCGUGACAGAAACUGAACUCCCCGUCGGUCCUGAAAGCCCCUAAAGAGAGGAAGCCCAGCAAGAAGGAGGGAGGAGCUCCUGGGAAGUCCUCCAACCUACCAGCUGUCCUCUACAGGUAAACUAACUAACUAACACACAAACAUUAAAACAACAGGCAUUACAAACUAGCAAAAAGCCCCAUAUGGAGUGGCUGGGCAAACAGAGAGGUGCCAGUAUUCAACCCUGGGGCACUCCAACACUCUACGACCAUCACUAUUCCUAAGGAGUAUGUAUUAUCAUGCCUGUAUUCUUAAUAUGUACUUUAUAUCUAGCUUCUCAUCUGAGAACUAACUUAUUUUGAUGUAUUUCCUGUGUGUGUGUUCCUGUUUAGCUGUGGGAUCUGUAAGAAGAACCAGGACCAGCAUCUCCUGCUCCUGUGUGACACCUGCAAGCUCUACUACCAUCUGGGCUGUCUGGAGCCUCCGCUGACACGCAUGCCCAAGAAGACCAAGAACAGCUACUGGUGAGGGAGGGGAGAGUGAGAGAGACUUGGGGAGGUAGAUGGGGAAGAAAGGGAGAGGAACUGGGGGUGGUAAAUGGGGAAGAAAGAGACUGAGAGCGAGAGGGUCUGAGGGAGGUAGAUGGGGAAGAAAGAGAGAGUGAAUGAGAGAUAAUAAGUGAAUGGGUGCUAGAGGACUCGGUGGUACAAGAGUUACAAAAGCAUAAGUUGGACCAAGUGCUGUCCAUAGCACAUACACAUGCACAAACACACAACCCAUCGCAAUGACAUACUGUACUGUAAAUCUGCUAUGACAUUGUUAUACCAUUGUUGUAUAAAAACAUGUCAUUUAAGCAAUAAGGCAUGAGAACACAGGGAUUAUGGUGUGAUAACUCCCGAUUUGGGUCUGUUCUUAGGCCCGAGGUGAAGCCAAGAGCCGAGAACAGCCCUUAGGAGGGAGUUAUCACACAAUAAUCUCUGGGUGCAAGGACCUUAUUGCUUUUAUAAAACGGUGCCAACAUAUUUAUAAAAUAUUAAUGAAAUGUUUUCAUUAAAAACAUUAUUUAAACAAGUAAAUUUGUUUUUGCAUUCUGAAGUUGCUACCCAAGCGGCUGGUCGUUAGUUAUUUUCUCAUGUUUUGACCCAGUCAUUAGUUCUAAUCAUUCUAUUCAUCCGAUAUUGCUGUGCUAAACAAAUCAUUGGCAUGUAGCUAGCUAGCAGAGAUUCAAUGAUGAUGAGAGACAAGAACUUCAAUAUAUCAAAUAGGCCUACAUAGGCCGCACUGCGUUGGUUAAUGAAUGAAUGGAAUUCUGAGUGUUUACGGUUUCCAUGGUGAAUUUUUAGUUUCCCCAACUGUUGCAAACCAAAUAAUAGCAUGGGGAAGUAAUGUGUAGAUGCUUUUUUCCACAAGGGAGAUUAAGUUUAGGAAUUUCCUGCCUGGGCUGCGGGACAGUGGAAUUAUGAGAUUAGCACGUCAUGGUAUUUUGCAAAAGUUGUUGUCCCACAUAUCAGGAUCCAAACAACCCGUUUUAUAAUAACUUGUAGUAGGAGAUACAUUAGUGUCCACAAUUUAUUUAUUUAUAUAAAGUGUGACAUUUCAGCUUACUCAGUGGCAGUAGAUUUAUCAGAUAGAGAAUGCAGAGAUGGUGGAAAUGUUCCACUUCACAUAGAGCUAGAUGUCCUUAUCUGGAUAGAUAGAUAGAGGAACUCUUUUGUGUAUCUGUCUCAAUAGUUUAUAUAGUAUUCCAUCUCUGUCGCUUAGUGAGCUACUUCCACAGUAAGUUAUCUCCAUAGAGAAGCUAGUCUAACCUUUUUGACUUCUUAUUCUAAGUAAAGGACGAUGGGGGAUUGUAGUGUGUAUACACGUGUGUGUGCACAUCUGAGAUGUGUGUGUAUUGUUUGUUUUUGUGGCACCUCAACUUGCACGUUCCUUGUGCCUGUGAUUGGGAGUAAUUCAUUUAAUCCAUGAAUAAGAGAGCGUGGUGGUGUUCUGCUCCGGCGGGCGGAAAUUAGAAAGCAUUUGGAUGGAUAACAUUGUGUGGAGCCAAGGCCAAGUCAUAGCCUACCUUAUUAUCAGAAUCUGCACUCCAGGAAUUUGACAGAGGCAGAAAGGAUCCACAAGUUCACUUUAUCUUAACUUAUAAUACUGAUAUUAACCUUUAAGACAAAUAUUAACUUAGUCUAACUUAUAAUACUGAUAGAAACCCAUGUCACAGUCUUAUGCUUUGCCUGGAUCAGCAGAAACACCUUUCCUCAAAUCCAGUGUCGGACCUCCAGGCUCAGAUUUCAGUACUAUGGGAAACCAGUAUUUUUCUAACAAAACAUAUUAUUUUCAUAGAUUUCAACACAGACAUUACAGACCAAAGCCUUAGUGUCAGUGUUUUGUUUGUUUUAUCUCCAACAUAAUUAGCAUCAUCCUGUUGUUCAGACAUUGAUAGUAAUCAGAGAGAAAGCCUUCCGAAACCUGUUUUCCAUGCUUAAGAUGUUCACAGAUAGUAAAAUCAAUAACCCUGCAUAGAGGAGAGAACAAUUUCUGGAACCUGAAACUUUCUUUCUUUCUUUCUUUCUUUCUUUCUUUCUUUCUUCUCUCUCUCUCUCUCUCUCUCUCUCUCUCUCUCUCUCUCUACCUCCCUCCUCCUAUCUGUCUCUCUCUACUUUCCUCCUCCUAUCUGUCUCUCUCUACCUCCCUCCAUCUCCUCAGGCAAUGUUCAGAAUGUGACCAGGCCAGUAGCGACGAUGCCGACAUCGCCAUGGAGACACUGCCCGACGGCACCAAGAGGUCUCGGAGACAGAUUAAAGGACCAAUCAAAUUCAUCCCUCAGGAGAUGUCCCCGGAGCCCAAGAAACGAGAUGUGAGGGGCACGGUGUGUAAUAACACACCGUUUUUUAUUAUUAUUUACUGUGCCUUCAGAAAGUAUUCACACCCCUUCACUUUUUACACAUUUUGUUGUUACAAAGUGUGAUUAAAAUUGAUUUAAUUGUCAAUUUUUGUCAACGAUCUACACAAAAUACUCUAAUGUCAAAGUGGAAGAAAAAUUCGGAUUUCUUAUUUUUAUUAAUGGAAAAUAAAACACUAAUAUAGUUUGAUUAGAUAAGUAUUCAACCACCUGAGUCAAUACUUGUUAGAAUCACCUUUGGCAGUGAUUGUAGCUGUGAGUCUUUCUGGGUAAGUCUCUAAGAGCUUUGCAAACAUGGAUUGUAGAAUAUUUGCCCAAUAUUCUUUAAAAAAUUCUUCAAGCUCUGUCAAGUUGGUUGUUGAUCAUUGCUAGACAGCCAUUUUCAAGUCUUGCAUAGAUUUUCAAGCCGAUUUAAGUCAAAACUGUAACUAAGCCACUCAGAAACAUUCAAUGUCGUCUUGGUAAGUAACUCCAAUGUAUAUUUGGCCUUGCGUUUUAGGUUAUUGUCCUGCUGAAAGGUGGAUUUGUCUCCCAGUGUCUAUUGGAAAGCAGACUCAACCAGGUAUUCAAUGUCUGCUUUUCCCCCCUUUUUUUUAACCAAUAUUCUUUGUGAGGCAUUGUAAAACCUCCCUGGUCUUUGUCGUUGAAUCUGUGCUUGAAAUUCACUGCUCGACUGAAGGACCUUACAGAUAAGUGGUAUGUAUAGGGUACGGAGAUGGGGUAGUCAUUAAGUAAUCAUGUUAAACACCGUUGUUGCACACAGUGUUACCCCAUGCAUUAUUAUGCGACUUGUUAAGCAAAUUAUUACUACUGAAGUUCAUUAUGCUUGCCAUAACAAAGGGGUUGAAUACUUAUUUACUCAAGACAUUUCAGCUUUUAUUUUUUUGUUAAUUUGUCAAAACAGCAACAAAAAAAAGUGUAUUGUGUGUAGAUUAGUGACACAAAAUCAAAAUGUAAUCCAUUUUAAAUUCAGGCUAUAACACUACAAAAUGUGGACAAAGUCAAGGGGUGUGAAUACUUUCUGAAGGCACUGUAUUUAUUAUAAAUAAUGUAUUUAAUAUGAUUUAUUUAUUUUGUUUAUUAUACAAGCCCGUAUAAUUGCAAAAGGCAUGCUAGUAGAUACCCAUAGACUUUCAGUCAUUGUGAUAACGCUAGUUAGCAUUUGUUUGUGAAACUACCUUUAACUUCCUUCAUACUGGACACAGAGACAUAAAAAGUGUAUCCACGAGUUCAUCUGACUCUGGGGAAGUAGAAAAGGGCAUAACUGCAAAAAUCCCGAAGUAUCCCUUUAAGUGGUGGUCUGUCAAAAUGGGUUUUUGAAAGCCUCCCCUUUGCUAGUUUUGGGGUUGAUUGGGUUGAUAUUUCUGGGGUAGCCUUUUUAAUUUUCCUGCCAUCUACUGUAUAAUCCAGAAUGUAUCUCCCAGGUUUGGAGAAACAGACAGUAAUCCGUCAACCUAUACCUGGGGUUAAAAGUACUCCAUCAAAGGUACUGUAUACCAGGCCAGAUUAACAGAGCCCAACAGAUAUACCAGGUCAGACUAACAGAGCCCAACAGAUAGCCCAAGCCAGACUAAUAGAGUCCAACAGAUAGCCCAGGCCAGACUAAUAGAGUCCAACAGAUAGCCCAGGCCAGACUAAUAGAGCCCAACAGAUAGCCCAGGCCAGACUAAUAGAGUCCAACAGAUAUACCAGGUCAGACUAACAGAGCCCAACAGAUAGCCCAAGCCAGACUAAUAGAGUCCAACAGAUAGCCCAGGCCAGACUAAUAGAGUCCAACAGAUAGCCCAGGCCAGACUAAUAGAGCCCAACAGAUAGCCCAGGCCAGACUAAUAGAGUCCAACAGAUAGCCCAGGCCAGACUAAUAGAGCCCAACAGAUAGCCCAGGCCAGACUAAUAGAGCCCAACAGAUAGCCCAGGCCAGACUAAUAGAGUCCAACAGAUAGCCCAGGCCAGACUAAUAGAGUCCAACAGAUAGCCCAGGCCAGACUAAUAGAGUCCAACAGAUAGCCCAGGCCAGACUAAUAGAGUCCAACAGAUAGCCCAGGCCAGACUAAUAGAGUCCAACAGAUAGCCCAGGCCAGACUAAUAGAGUCCAACAGAUAGCCCAGGCCAGAGUAGUAGAGCCCAACAGAUAUACCAGGCUGUCAGAGCCCAACAGAUAUAGGACAUAACAGGCCAGACUCACGGGACUAAUGGCUUGCCAUUCAGCACACACAGGUCACCCUGCUGUACUAAACAGGAUUGCUAGUGGACAUGCCAGGAAACUAGAGGGGGUGGAUCCAAACACACACUUCCUCUGGUGUUACAUUUUUACAUUUUACAUUUUAGUCAUUUAGCAGACGCUCUUAUCCAGAGCGACUUACAGUUAGUGAGUGCAUACAUUUUCAUACUGGCCCCCACUGGCCCCCCGUGGAAAUUGAACCCACAACCCAGGCGUUGCAAGCGCCAUGCUCUACCAACUGAGCUACAUGGGGCCGUGUUCAGCCCCAAACACCCCCCGCCGGCUCGUUGGUUCAGGUCCGCCAUCAGAUUAAAACUGAUCCAAAUGGACUGAACUACUUCCAAUCUACAAUCAUGUAUGAGGAAGAUGGAAUAUUAACAAAGGGGGGAAUCAAACAUAUCCUUGUUGUUCUUGACACGAGCAAGUGAGUGAUGGAGCCGGGUUGUAUGUUUUUUUUAAAGGAGGAAGAAAAAUUGACAACAUAUUUAAACAGAUUGUGAAAACGCUUAUCAUUAUAAAUGCUAACUGCUAAACGCUAGAACCACAGUUACUUGGCUCCUUCACUUCAGCCCUCCCUCCUUCCCUAGCUCCAUCCCUCCCUCUCUUCCUUCCUCGCUCCCUUCUAAGCCACUUCUCCCACCACCUCACAAAGGGCCCAGAAUAUGAGUUUAUUUAACUGUUUGGUUUCUAUAGUGGUUGACUCCAUUAAGGUAAUCUAUGAAAGGCCAGGGAAAUAUCAACACAUCCAAUGCAGAGUUCAGUGCAAUGCAGACUAAGGUUAAAAAUAAAUAAAUAAAUAAGAUAUAAUAAGGUAAAAUGUGUACACCCACACACUCUCUCAGACCCACACACACGUACACACACACAGCAUACCUAAUCAGGGUCUCUGCUCAGGUGAGGAAAUUAAAACUGGGGGCAGUUUGUACAACUCUGAGCUAAAUCAAUCUUUUAAUUAAGUACAUCAUUGCAUCUUUAACAGCCAUGAAUCAUUUCACAGCACUAUGCAGGAUUAGAGAAGUUAACGGAGCGGAGGACCCAGCAGUAACUAGAUGUAGUAACUUAAUUCUCACUAGACUAAUGGCAUAUUGUUCCUUUAUAAUCAUGGAGGGGUGUUGCAGCAGGGCCACGUUUAAUCACCACCCCAAUACACACACUGUCACACAGAAGAUUCUAGAAGAAGAAGCAAUGAUAAACAAGCCUCCUUGAAAAUGCAGGAUGGUUUUGGUCUGCAAUUAUUCAUUUUGGAGAUAAUAAUUAGAGAUAUUGGCCUAAUAAUUAGAGAUAUUGUCAGUAGAUUUUACUAGAAGAAGCAAAGACCAAGCUUUCUUGAAAAUGAGGUACAGUUUGGGUCCGGAACUGAUGGCUCUGAGAUGUAAUGAUUCAAUGAGUGUUGAAAGUAUAUGGCCAAAUAAGUAGUGAUGCGUUAUGGAGUAUAGCUGUCAGGCUGUGUGUAGGAUGUCUAACAGAUACAGUGGGGGGAAAAAAGUAUUUAGUCAGCCACCAAUUGUGCAAGUUCUCCCACUUAAAAAGAUGAGAGAGGCCUGUAAUUUUCAUCAUAGGUACACGUCAACUAUGACAGACAAAUUGAGGAAAAAAAAUCCAGAAAAUCACAUUGUAGGAUUUUUAAUGAAUUUAUUUGCAAAUUAUGGUGGAAAAUAAGUAUUUGGUCACCUACAAACAAGCAAGAUUUCUGGCUCUCAAUGACCUGUAACUUCUUCUUUAAGAGGCUCCUCUGUCCUCCACUCGUUACCUGUAUUAAUGGCACCUGUUUGAACUUGUUAUCAGUAUAAAAGACACCUGUCCACAACCUCAAACAGUCACACUCCAAACUCCACUAUGGCCAAGACCAAAGAGCUGUCAAAGGACACCAGAAACAAAAUUGUAGACCUGCACCAGGCUAGGAAGACUGAAUCUGCAAUAGGUAAGCAGCUUGGUUUGAAGAAAUCAACUGUGGGAGCAAUUAUUAGGAAAUUGAAGACAUACAAGACCACUGAUAAUCUCCCUCGAUCUGGGGCUCUACGCAAGAUCUCACCCCGUGGGGUCAAAAUGAUCACAAGAACGGUGAGCAAAAAUCCCAGAACCACACGGGGGGACCUAGUGAAUGACCAGCAAAGAGCUGAGACCAAAGUAACAAAGCCUACCAUCAGUAACACACUACGCCGCCAGGGACUCAAAUCCUGCAGUGCCAGACAUGUCCCCCUGCUUAAGCCAGUACAUGUCCAGGCCCGUCUGAAGUUUGCUAGAGUGCAUUUGGAUGAUCCAGAAGAGGAUUGGGAGAAUGUCAUAUGGUCAGAUGAAACCAAAAUAGAACUUUUUGGUAAAAACUCAACUCGUCGUGUUUGGAGGACAAAGAAUGCUGAGUUGCAUCCAAAGAACACCAUACCUACUGUGAAGCAUGGGGGUGGAAACAUCAUGCUUUGGUCAUGGGUGCACUUCAGCCACGCUCAAGGUCCUAAACGAUAUUAUAACCGCGAUCGAUAAUAGACAGUACUGUGCAGCCGUCUUCAUCGACCUGGCCAAGGCUUUCGACUCUGUCAACCACCGCAUUCUUAUUGGCAGACUAAAUAGCCUUGGUUUCUCAAAUGACUGCCUCGCCUGGUUCACCAACUACUUCUCAGAUAGAGUUCAAUGUGUGAAAUCGGAGGGCCUGUUGUCUGGACCUAUGGCAGUCUCUAUGGGGGUGCCACAGGGUUCAAUUCUUGGGCCGACUCUUUUCUCCGUGUAUAUCAAUGAUGUGACUCUCAGAUCCACCUCUACGCAGACGACACCAUUUUGUAUACAUCUGGCCCUUCAUUGGACACUGUGUUAACAAACCUCCAAACGAGCUUCAAUGCCAUACAACACUCCUUCAGUAGCCUCCAACUGCUCUUAAACACUAGUAAAACUAAAUGCAUGCUCUUCAAUCGAACGCUGCUGGCACCCGCCCACCCGACUAGAAUCACCACUCUCGACGGGUCUGACUAGAGUAUGUGGACAACUACAAAUACCUAGGUGUCUGGUUAGACUGUAAACUCUCCUUCCAGACUCACAUUAAGAAUCUCCAAUCCAAAGUUAAAUCUAGAAUCGGCUUCCUAUUUCGCAACAAAGCCUCCUUCACUCAUGCUGCCAAACAUGCCCUCGUAAAACUGACUAUCCUACCGAUCCUUGACUUCGGCGAUGUCAUUUACAAAAUAGCCUCCAACAUUCUACUCAGCAAAUUGGAUGUAGUCUAUCACAGUGCCAUCCGUUUUGUCUCCAAAGCCCCAUACACUACCCACCACUGUGACCUGUACGCUCUUGUUGGCUGGUCCUCACUACAUGUUCGUCGUCAAACCCACUGGCUCCAGGCCAUCUAUAAAUCACUGCUAGGCAAAUCCCCGCCUUAUCUUAGCUCAUUGGUCACCAUAGCAGCACCCACCCGUAGUCUGCGCUCCAGCAGGUAUAUCUCACUGGUCAUUCCCAAAGCCAACAUCUCCUUUGGCCGCCAUUCCUUCCAGUUCUCUGCUGCCAAUGACUGGAACGAACUGCAAAAAUCUCUGAAGCUGGAGACUCUUAUCUCCCUCACUAACUUUAAGCACCAGUUGUCAGAGCACCUUACCGAUCACUGCACAUGUACACAGCCCAUCUGAAAUUAGCCCACCCAACUACCUCAUCCCUAUAUUGUUAUUUAUUUUGCUCUUUUGCACCCCAGUAUCUCUAUUUGCACAUAAUCUCUUGCACAUCUAGCAUUCCAGUGUUAAUACUAAUUGUAAUUAUUUUGCACUAUAGCCUAUUUAUUGCCUUACCUCCAUAACUUGCUACAUUUGCACACACUGUAUAUAUCUUUUCUGUUGUAUUUUAUGACCUUAUGUUUUCUUUACCCCAUAUGUAACUCUGUGUUGUUGUUUUUAUCGCACUGCUUUGCUUUAUCUUGGCCAGGUCGCAGUUGUAAAUGAGAACUUGUUCUCAACUGGCUUACCUGGUUAAAUAAAGGUGAAAUAAAAAUAAAAUGCUUUGGGGCUGUUUUUCUGCAAAGGGACCAGGACGACUGAUCCGUGUAAAGGAAAGAAUGAAUGGGGCCAUGUAUCGUGAGAUUUUGAGUGAAAACCUCCUUCCAUCAGCAAGGCCAUUGAAAAUGAAACGUGGCUGGGUCUUUCAGCAUGACAAUGAUCCCAAACACACCGCCCGGGCAAUGAAGGAGUGGCUUCGUAAGAAGCAUUUCAAGGUCCUGGAGUGGCCUAGCCAGUCUCCAGAUCUCAACCCCAUAGAAAAUCUUUGGAGGGAGUUGAAAGUCCAUGUUGCCCAGCGACAGCCCCAAAACAUCACUGCUCUAGAGGAGAUCUGCAUGGAGGAAUGGGCCAAAAUACCAGCAACAGUGUGUGAAAACCUUGUGAAGACCUACAGAAAACGUUUGACCUGUGUCAUUGCCAAGAAAGGGUAUAUAACAAAGUAUUGAGAAACUUUUGUUAUUGACCAAAUACUUAUUUUCCACCAUAAUUUGCAAAUAAAUUCAUUAAUAAUCCUACAAUGUGAUUUUCUGGAGAAAAAAAUGCUAAUUUUGUCUGUCAUAGUUGACGUGUACCUAUGAUGAAAAUUACAGGCCUCUCUCAUCUUUUUAAGUGGGAGAACUUGGUGGCUGACUAAAUACUUUUUUCCCCCCACUGUAUACCUUUAGGGCGCAUGUUGAUUUAGAAGAGGGCACUGCCCUGCAGUAGGCAGUGUACUCAGUCAGCAGCCCCUGAACAAGGGCCAGAGGAGGCUAAGCUGCACCACAGAGUGGCAGUGGGCCACCUUACCCCUGUGGCCCCGCACACACACACAUAAGCACCGUACACACACACACACUCCAACACUCGUCCCCAUGCAGGGGCCAGCGGGAGGUUGAUUAGUCAGCCCUGAUCAAUUGAAAAAGGGCUUUAGAGCAGUGCCAGCGCCAGGGUGCCCUGGUAAAAGCAUAAAUGCAAAGCAGGGCCUUUUCAGCAGCUGCCAUCGCAUGCCUUGCAUUUGAAGAUAAAUGCAGCAUUGAAGCUCCUCGACUGGAGCGGACGCGGCGAGAGGAAAUCAGAAAAAGACGGCUUAAUCCCUGAGUACUUCCAGCAGCAGGGUCCUCAGCCCAGCGUACUCUGGGCACUUUGCUUUAGAUGCGCUAACAGAAAAACACAUUAACCCAGACCCACCGCCACAGCACUCUACACGACCUCCUUCUCUCCAUCCUCCAUCCUCCACCUUCCCACUCCCCUCUAUCCCUCCUCCCUCUCUCCCUCCCUCUCUGAAAGAACAUACAGAAAGAGCAAACCUCCAGAAGGAGUUCUUAAAAAAAAUAAGGAACAGCAGGGUGUGUUUGUGUUAUCUAAGAGGCCGACAGCCAGACAGCCAGCCAACCAGACAGACAGACAGACACUGGGCUAUUCUCUGGCUCUUGCUAGGCAGCCAGGCAGUGAGUGGCCUCAGAGAAUGAGUGUUCCUCAGGUUCUCUCCUUCCAGGUGUGGAGGGGGUUGGUUAUUGACAGUCUAAAAACAAAAGACGGGGGAAAUAAAAUGGAAGAGGACUGGAGUGUGUUUUUCUCCCCUCCUCUCUCUGAUGACUAUCUGUUGUGUUCCUUCUGGGAGCUGGGAUUGGGAGGGAGGAUGGAUGGGGAGGCGGGGGGGAAGCGGGCUGGGGUGGAAUAUCGGAGGAGGAUCAGGGUAUGGUGGCUGUAGAUAAGUGAGAUCCAUGAAGAGGUGUAGGGAGAAAGGCAGGGAGGGAGCAGCCAUAUCUCCACAGCUCUUUCUCUCCCUUCUCUUUCUCUCUCCCGCUCCCUCUAUCUCUGUCGAACCCGCCCCUCUCUUUCUCUCGCUUUCUCACUCUCUCUCUCGUGCAGCUGAAUAGGACCAAGUCCACAGACAGCACUGUGUGGCUCUCUUGUCUUGUAUGGCCAGAGGUAAAACAAAACACCAGCCUCACUGGGCAGUAGAGGAUUAAAUACAGGACAAACAAAUGUAUUUGGAAAACAGUUUAUGCUUUCUGUUGUAUUGUUGCAAAAGGCAGAGACCACAGUGGGUUUUCUUUGUUUGACAAUCUGAUUAAACAGCUGAGGGAGCAGACAGCGUCAUAAACAUACUUUCACUGGCUCCAGAAUCUUUUGGAGAACAGGAAAGCAAUAAAUAGUUAGAUUUUUCUGAUGCUGCCAAUACCUUGUGAAGCAUAUCUCUAAUUAAGUCAAAUUAUUAUUUUGACAGAUUCUCACAGACAAAAUUCCAAGAACGAAAGAUUUGCCUGACCACUCAACAACUCAAAGUAGAGAUAUAUUAUGACCUUGUUGUGACCUUGUGCCUUGCAUGGCUAGCUGAUAACCUUUCACAGGGCUUAUGAGACUGACCAGAGCUCAGGUCAAUUAUCUCUCAUCAUUUCACACAGAUCAAUCAAUUAGCACAUGAAUUACCACAGAAUUCGAGCUUAGUUAAAACGGACCGCAAUGAACCUAACAUGGUGUUCUGUAUUUCACAGAGAACCAGAGGGCAGAAGAGGAAGAGGGUGUCCAUCUGUGAAGAAGAGAAGUUUGAGGUGCAGGUAUGUCAUUGGUCUAAAUUUGUUACUAAACAUUCCUAAAGCUCCUAACCUCCCUAUCAUACACACAACUACAGUGAGGGAAAAAAGUAUUUGAUCCCCUGCUGAUUUUGUACGUUUGCCCACUGACAAAGACAUGAUCAGUCUAUAAUUUUAAUGGUAGGUUUAUUUGAACAGUGAGAGACAGAAUAACAACAACAAAAAUCCAGAAAAACGCAUGUCAAAAAUGUUAUAAGUUGAUUUGCAUUUUAGUGAGGGAAAUAAGUAUUUGACCCCCUCUCAAUCAGAAAGAUUUCUGGCUCCCAGGUGUCUUUUAUACAGGUAAUGAGCUGAGAUUAGGAGCACACUCUUAAAGGGAGUGCUCCUAAUCUCAGUUUGUUACCUGUAUAAAAGACACCUGUCCACAGAAGCAAUCAAUCAAUCAGAUUCCAAACUCUCCACCAUGGCCAAGACCAAAGAGCUCUCCAAGGAUGUCAGGGACAAGAUUGUAGACCUACACAAGGCUGGAAUGGGCUACAAGACCAUCGCCAAGCAGCUUGGUGAUGUCACGAGUGUCCGUGUAAUGCGGUGGAUUGAAGUCAGGCGCAGGACACAGAACUCAAUGAAACAUACUUUACUGAAUAAGUAAAGAAUCCAAAUACAAAUCACCUCCACACAGGGAGGAACAAACCCGCUCACCAACGACACACGAAACUAAAAAACAAACACGCACAAAACACAUUGGGAGCCACCGGGUUAAAUUGGGAAGGAGUAAUCACGUAAUGGGCAACAGGUGUGUAACAAUCAGACAACAGAUGCAACAUAGAAACAUAGAACAUAGAUCGGCAGCAGCUAGUAUUCCGGUGACGACGAACGCCGAAGCCUGCCCGAGCAAGGAGGAGGGGCAGCCUCGGCAGAAUCCGUGACAGGUGAGAAGGUGACAACAGUUGGUGCGAUUAUUCGCAAAUGGAAGAAACACAAAAGAACUGUCAAUCUCCCUCGGCCUGGGGCUCCAUGCAAGAUCUCACCUUGUGGAGUUGCAAUGAUCAUGAGAACGGUGAGGAAUCAGCCCAGAACUACACGGGAGGAUCUUGUCAAUGAUCUCAAGGCAGCUGGAACCAUAGUCACCAAGAAAACAAUUGGUAACACACUACGCCAUGAAGGACUGAAAUCCUGCAGCGCCCGCAAGGUCCCCCUGCUCAAGAAAGCACAUAUACAGGCCUGUCUGAAGUUUGCCAAUGAACAUUUGAAUGAUUCAGAGGAGAAUUGGGUGAAAGUGUUGUGGCCAGAUGAGACCAAAAUGGAGCUCUUUGGCAUCAACUCAACUCGCCGUGUUUGGAGGAGGAGGAAUGCUGCCUAUGACCCCAAGAACACCAUCCCCACCGUCAAACAUGGAGGUGGAAACAUUAUGCUUUGGGGGUGUUUUUCUGCUAAGGGGACAGGACAACUUCACCGCAUCAAAGGGACGAUGGAUGGGGCCAUGUACCGUCAAAUCUUGGGUGAGAACCUCCUUCCCUCAGCCAGGGCAUUGAAAAUGGGUCGUGGUUGGGUAUUCCAGCAUGACAAUGACCCAAAACACACGGCCAAGGCAACAAAGGAGUGGCUCAGGAAGAAGCACAUUAAGGUCCUGGAGUGGCCUAGCCAGUCUCCAGACCUUAAUCCCAUAGAAAAUCUGUGGAGGGAGCUGAAGGUUCGAGUUGCCAAACGUCUGCCUCGAAACCUUAAUGACUUGGAGAAGAUCUGCAAAGAGGAGUGGGACAAAAUUCCUCCUGAGAUGUGUGCAAACCUGGUGGCCAACUACAAGAAACGUCUGACCUCUGUGAUUGCCAACAAGGGUUUUGCCACCAAGUACUAAGUCAUGUUUUGCAGAGGGGUCAAAUACUUAUUUCCCUCAUUAAAAUGCAAAUCAAUUUAUAACAUUUUUGACAUGCGUUUUUCAGGAUUUUUUUGUUAUUCUGUCUCUCACUGUUCAAAUAAACCUACCAUUCAAAUUAUAGACUGAUCAUGUCUUUGUCAGUGGGCAAACGUACAAAAUCAGCAGGGGAUCAAAUACUUUUUUCCCUAUACUGUAAUACAUACACAUCACAUGUUACUUACUCUAUUCACUCUAUUAGCCUGCAUAUUACUCGUUCUUCUACACCAUUACCACACACACACAUGGCAGUGUCGGGUCUAAUCAGCCUGUGUGUUUCCAUAGGAACCGUCUCUACGGGAGCGGCGUCAGCGUCAGUCUGCGAUGCAGAAGAAGACACCUAAAGCAGAUGACACCAGGACCAACUGUACCUCCUGCAAAGGACCCGGGGACAACGAGAACCUCGUCAGGUGGGUCACAGUGUGUAUGUGUGUGUAUGUGAAAAGGGAGGUGGUGGGAAAAUGUGGGUGUGGCCAUGGAAAGGGAGGUUGGAAGGGUGCAUGAAUGUGUGUGUAACACACAAGCCCAUGCUUGUGAAUGUGUGUUCACACCUGUUUGUUUGUGUGUGUGUGUGUGUGUGAGGAGCCAUAUCCUCCUGAUGAUUAAUGUUCAGUCUUCAUUAGUAGGCCUUGGCUGGGUGAGGGGCGCUGGGUGAGGGGGGCUGGGUGAGGGAGGCUGGGUGAGGGGGGCUGGGUUAGGGGGGCUGGUGAGGGGGGCUGGGUGAGGGGGGCUGGUGAGGGAAGCUGAGGCUGUAUUGAACAGCCACCUACUUUUACACACUUCAUCAAGAUGUAAUGAACAGUCUGAUCUGCCCUGGUCUCCCAUCAGAGCUUCAGCUGUCUCACGCUGCUUAAACAGGACCGUGACUUUACUAGAUCCAUCGGUAGUGUGUGAAUUACAGCAGUCGGCAUUAACACACUGUAGACUGACUGAUUUAUCAAGACUGUAUUUAUUUAUGAGGUAGACCACUGUAUAUUUGCUUUCUAUAUGGCCUACAAACUGGGACUGUCAUUGGCUCAUUUCAAAGCAACUGUAUGCUUUUUUCACUUUAUAACUUGUUAUACUUGACUUAAUUUAUCCAGGUAACGUAGGGUUCUUUCUGUGAGCUGUAUUUGGUGUUAUCAGUGUAUGUAAGGUUGAGCUAAUAAUGUGUGGUUCUGUCAGUGUUUUCUAGGUUAAGGAGGUCGGGGGCUGUGAGGUGUGCUGCCUGCCCUGACUCUUUCUAUCUUUGCAUUGCACAGGUUUUGAGAGCCGGGGCAGACACCUCUCCUCACCUCCCCACACC